ACAAAUAAGGGUAAGAGCCCAUACCAAGACGCGGAGGCUUGGCAGUUCGGUACUUGGUGGUGCCGACCUUCUAUCAACCGUCGGGGUUUAAACAACUCACAGACUGCCGUUAAAUUUUUAGUCAAGACAAUGGAGCCCCCUUUAUUUCUUUUGCUGUUCAUAAUUUUUCAAGACAUCCCGUUAGACAAGUUCCAGAAACUCUCCAUGGUUGGUCAGAUCCGCGUUCCCACUCGUGUUCUUUCGACACGUGGGGUAAUUUGCGGUCUGGGGCAAAGAGGCCUACGCCGGCCAAUGAGACAUUUGGUUUGCACUAUCUGCAAAUUAGGCCCUACAAGGACAGGUUAAAUUAUAGUUCUAGAUCUAGCAGGUGAAGGACUUUUUUUCGUCCUGGUUGGUUUAUGGUUUGGAUGGUGUGCACUGGCGGUUCCAUCUCCUUCUUCUUUUUUUUAUCUCCUUUUCCCCUCAUGAUACGAUCCCGUUAUGGUCGAUCAUUCCAUAUCUAGAAGUCUGCAAGUAUAUCAAUGUUUAUCUGGUCCUAUUCCUCCUACAUUUAGCCCUGCGACUUAUCACACAAGACAUCUCACGCCGUUGCCACGACUUUUUAAAUCACUGCAUUAGUGGAGUAGGUCUCUCGUGGGC